AUGAGACGUGCUGCUUUGCUCCUAAUUGUGGCUUUUUUUCUUAAAUCAUCGACUUGUUCCAAUCUAAAUCCACCUAAACCAACUUCUGGACUCCAUCACUCCAAUCAAGCACAAUAUGUUCACGAUAAAGAAGAUCCCCUAAAAUCUGAACAAACCUCCGAGGAAGAACAACAGGAUCCAUAUCAACUUCUCAAUGAACGAAUGCCACCCCAUCUUAAUAGUUGGAAUUUUUUUCAAAACCAUCAGCAAGCCGCAGCUAUGCCACCGACAAAUAAAUUCCUUCCAUUUAUGGGCUAUCCCCAACCGAUCUUCAUCCCCUAUCCAUUAAUACUUUCGCCAGAGAUGUUUUACCCGUUUAGUGGUCAAAAUGACAUAGAAGAUGCAAUGGCUAGAGCUGGAAAUCGUCGCACAGCAUCCUACCGCAAUUCACCAAUCUAUUAUGUACGACUUCCUCCAACACCGUACAUGUUCAUUCCAGGCUUGGGCUACACCUCUCAGCCGGGAACUUUUACACCGAAUUUUUCACCAAUUCUACCCUACAAUUCUUAUCCAGCGGUUCCGCUUAGUUCGAUCUUCAAUUUGCCUGUGAACUUUUUGGCAAAUGGUAAACCAAAUGGAAUUUAUCAAAUGGAAUCACCAAAUGAUUUGCAAAGUCAGAUGACGGCACCCCAAAGGCAACAACCACCACCGCCACCUCCACCGGCCUAUCGACCAUCCUAUUUAGGACAACAAUCUUUCAUGUCACCACCGACUGAUACCAAAAUGACAAACUUGAAGAGACCGUUUGUCUUCAAUGGCCGACCGGAAGAUAUUUUCAUAUUGCCAAACAAUUUCAAUCCGAUGCAAUCUAUGUACCAGGACUCUUUGUCGGGAUAUUAUUAAGCUUUUUUUGAAGACUGACUUAUUUAAGUGAUUAAUCAUAAUUAUUAUAAAUAAACAAUUUAAUUUAAUAAAAACAAAUACUUUAA